AUACUGUACUUUGAGUUGGGAAGGCAGGCAGAGAGAGAGAGAGAGAGAGAGAGAGAGAGAGAGAGAGAGAGAAAAGGAUAGGGAGAGUGGUGAGCGCUGCUGAAUCCGUUGAGACUUUUGGACUCAGGGGAAAGAUUCGAGGAAGGAAUUCAGCUGCUGCUGGUGAUGGGGGAUGAUAAAUCUCUUGGCGUGAUGGCAAGCAGCAGCAGAGAAAGGGAUCGCGAGCUUCUCAUACCGGUUGGGGAUCCCGUUGACCGCCGCCGGGAUGACGAAUCUGCUUCUGCCUCACCCAAGCCAUCCGCAUCGGCUUCUUCCUCCCACCACCAUUCUGGUCGAGAGACGUUUUACAAAGUUGUGAGGAGUUGGGCCUCAAAGAAGUUCAUGACUGGCUGUGUCAUUCUGUUUCCAAUUGCUGUUACUUUCUACAUAACCUGGUGGUUCAUUCAUUUCGUCGAUGGAUUCUUCUCGCCAAUUUAUGCUCAACUUGGAAUUGAUAUAUUUGGUCUAGGAUUUAUGACCUCAAUUACUUUUAUCUUCUUGGUUGGAGUAUUUAUGUCAUCAUGGUUGGGGGCUUCUGUUCUAAGCCUUGGAGAGUGGUUUAUCAAACGUAUGCCAUUUGUACGUCAUAUUUACAAUGCCUCUAAACAGAUUAGUGCUGCCAUAUCUCCAGAUCAAAAUACACAAGCUUUCAAGGAAGUGGCUAUUAUAAGACAUCCCCGUAUUGGUGAAUAUGCGUUUGGGUUCAUCACUUCAUCAGUUGUGCUGCAGAGUUAUUCAGGGGAGGAAGAGCUAUGCUGUGUGUACGUGCCAACCAAUCAUCUUUACAUUGGUGAUAUAUUUCUGGUUAAUGCUAAAGAUGUUAUCAGGCCAAACUUGUCUGUCCGAGAAGGAAUUGAAAUUGUUGUGUCUGGUGGCAUGUCGAUGCCUCAAAUCCUGUCAACCCUGGAUUCAACCAGUAAUCAAAUAAAUAGAAUCAGACCUGAUAGAAGUUGAGGUUGCUGCAAGGAGGAUGGGCCACUUGAAUGCCUCAACUAUGUCAAGAUUUCAUCCACCCAGUGGCACAUUCCUCGAGUUUUUUUUUUCGCAUAAUUGUAUCCGGGACUGGAGGUAAAGUUUAAAUUAUUAGUGUGAAAUCACAACAAUCCUAUGCUCAAUCAUACUAGCCGGGGGAAAUUGAUCGACUGAAAUCUGGAGGCAUAUGUUUUCUACGUACACAAUGAGCACUUGAUGACUUAUUCAGGUUGAUUUGUUUGUUUCCGUCUCUCGUACUCUGUUGGAUCACGGCAAUUGUCUUAAGUUUUGCUUGAACAUUGGUAGUUUUUUCUUAUUCUAUUGUUUGUACAUAAGGACACCAUCAGAGCUGGUUUUUCCCUUCCCCAAAUUGCAAAAUGUUUAAUUUUGAAUUUGCCAUUCCUUCA